GCUGUUUUUGCUGCCCGCCGAGCUCAGCCGAGCUCAGCCGACUCCCUCCCGCCGUAGCCGAGCCCAGUCGAACCCAGCCGAACUCAGCCGAGCCCAGCCGAACUCCUCGACGCUCCAGCCGCCGCCGCCCGAGCGCCGCCGAGCGAGCGAGCUAGCGGCCCCGGCCGCGGAGGAGGCGCCGCCCCAGGGGGAGGAGGUGCCCGCUCUCCGCAGACCGCCCGCGGCAGAGGCCGGCCCGGUCGCGCCCCGGCGGGAGCGGCCGGCAGAGGCUGCGCGGCCCAGGGGGAGGGCCCGGGGAGUGGACGUCGCCCCUGCCCGCCUCCCGCCGCCCCCCGCCCGCAGGCUUUCGAGCCUCAGUCGGCGCUGAGCAUCCCGCUGCCCCGGACCCUCCCGCGGGCGCGCACCGGGCUCAACUCAGGCUCGGGACUGCAGGUGGGCAUUUCCACUGCCCGGGAAUCCCUGUGUGUGGACAGGACAGCCUCCUUGGAAAGCCGGCCGUACCGGAGUUGUGCCUCGGCAUGGGCCUUGCCGUUGAGGCAGCUCCGCUCUCUGCUCUGGCCUGAGGGUGCUGCCUGUCAUGGGGGCAGCCAUCUCCCAGGGGGCCCUCAUCGCCAUCGUCUGCAACGGCCUUGUUGGCUUCUUGCUGCUGCUGCUUUGGGUCAUUCUCUGCUGGGCCUGCCACUCCCGUUCCACUGACGUCGAUUCUCUCUCGGAAUCCAGUCCCAACUCCAGCCCUGGCCCCUGUCCUGAGAAGGCACCACCCCCCCAGAAGCCUAGCCAUGAAGGCAGCUACCUGCUGCAGCCCUGAAGGCGCCUGGCCUACCCUGGAGUCCUGGACCUGAGUAUACCAGAGUCAGAGUGUCGCAUCUGAUCCCAGAGUUCAGCCAGUCUGGGGGCCAGAAUCUGGAGUCCAGUCUGUUUGAAGCUGGACCCAGCAGCCUAGAUUGUAGCCAGCCUGACUCGAGAGAGGCCUGAGUAGUAGCCCUAGAGGGACAGGCCUGGGGUGGGGGGUCAGGAGUCGGUGCUAGGGCCAGGGCCCUCUGGACUCUGCUCCAUCCCCAGGGUCAAGGGCUGCUCACUUCCCUAAGCUCGGUGCCUCUGGGCUCUCUAGGUCGGGGAAGCAAACUGGAACCCAUGGCAAUAAUGGGAGGGUGUCCGGGCUGGGCCCCUUCUCUGGUCCUCCCACUGUUUGUUGGAUAAUAAAUGGAACUGUGGCUUA